AUUUUCAAAUAUCAUGUAAAGCAUCUUUUGUACGGAAUUGCUUGGAAGACUAAUCUUUAAUCCUAUGUMUUGUUCUUUAAUCCAGUCACGUUGCAAACGGUCCCGGGAAACGGUGAAGGACGCCUCACAUUUUGUAAUCAGUCCUUUCUUUUUCAUGAACUCACAUGAUGGCUGAUUAUACUUCUUUAAAAAAAGUCGACAAUGUUUUUAAAGGAAGUGAAGACAUAUUUAGUGGUCUGACAAUAGACAUGACUACAGAAGACCAGAAUUAUGACAAUGAGCAGUUUGCAACCAUGUUGAAAGAAUCGCUAGUCAAUUACAAAAGAUAUGGUGUCAGAGGUGUGUGGUUUAAAAUCCCUAUCAAAAAAUCAUCAUUUGUACCAAUUACUGUGGAGCAUGGUUUUGUGUUCCACCAUUGCUUUCCAUCUUACAUCGUGAUGACCAAGUGGCUUCCUGAAGAUGAACCCAACAAGCUACCAACCUUUGCAACAUGCUUUAUAGGUGUUGCUGGAUUUGUUGUUAAUGAUGAGGGAAAAUUAUUGGUUGUUCAGGAAAGGUUUAGAAAAUCAGAUCACUGGAAACUUCCUGGAGGAAUGGCAGACCAUAAGGAGGAUAUAAGAACUGCUGGAAAGAGAGAAGUUUUAGAGGAAACUGGAAUUGAAACUGAAUUUGUUUCUAUGGUGUGCUUUCGUCAUAUACCAGACUUUCGUUUCGAGUGUUCAGAUUUAUACUUCAUCUGCUUAUUAAAGCCUUUGAAUAAUGAAAUAAAGAGGGAUUCUUCAGAAAUAUCAGAUGCAAAAUGGAUGGAUCUGGAUGAGUUUCUGUCAAGUCCAAUUGUCAACGGUUUAGAUAAGUUUGUAGCUCAACAGUACAAAGACCAGAAAUUAAAGAUGAUCCCUACAGAUAUGUUCAUGUUUAAUAGGGACAUUAUCUUUUAUACUAUGGAACUGCCUCCAGCUUGUAAUAAGCUAUAAUGACAAGAAUUUAUGGAAUCGCUAGGCAAUAAUUUCCACAAUUUCUAUGCUGGGAAUAGUGCUUUAGUAAAAUGAGUACUCUCACUGACAGUAAUGCACAUCAACAUCAGUCUAUCAAAUUUUGCUUACUCUUACUGCCGCUUCAGUUUUAUCUUAAAACCUACAUACAAUGAUUUUAAUGUUUUUAAUGGACAGCUAUUACAAUAAAACCUUUUUAAGAAAACAGGACCAGGGAUAGGAUGAAAUAAUCAUUUAUAUUUCACAAA